AAAGGGGGAUUCUGCCAACGCCGGGGGGGCUGCCGAGGGGCCGGCUCCAUGGCCGGGUGGAGGGAACGCGGUCUGCCUUCGUCCCCGGGGACCCCCAGGGACGCGGGGAUCCCCGCCGCAGCGGGCAUCCCCGGGGGGGAGUUCCCGGGCAGGGAAUCACCUUUCCGGGGGGUGCGGGGGUCAGCAUCCCGGGGGCAGGGGCAGCUGAGGGAGCAUCCCGCCUCCUCCCCGCGCCGCGCCGCGCCAGUGCCUGUGCCGGUGCCGCGCCGGUGCCGUGCCCUGCCGUGCCGCUCCGUGCCGGUGCCGUGCCGCCCCGCGCCGUGCCGUGCCGUGCCGUGCCGUGCCGCCCCGCGUCGCGCCGCUCCGCUCCGCCCCGCCGCGCCCGCCGCGCCGCAGCCCCGCAGCCCGGCCCCGCAGCCCGGCCGCCGCCGCAGGGCCGGCGGGCAGCGAGCGGCAGCCGGCGGCAUGAGGCGCGACCCGGCGCCCGGCUUCUCCAUGCUGCUCUUCGGCGUCUCCCUCGCCUGCUACUCGCCCAGCCUCAAGUCGGUGCAGGACCAGGCGUACACGGCGGCGGUGGUGCUGGAGGGCAAGGUGCAGUCCGUGGGCCCCCCCGCCGGCGGCAAUGACAGCCGCGGCGCCGGGCCCGCCGGGGGUGUCCUGGUCAAGGUGCUCGACCUGUGGCCCCUCAACAGUGGGGGGCUGCAGCGGGAGCAGCUCAUCAGCGUGGGCUCCAAGGCGCCCUGCUUCAAAGUGAAGCGCAACCACCGCUACAUCUUCUUCCUGGAGCCCACCGAGGAGCCGCUCGUCUUCCGCACCGCCUUCGCUCCGCUCGACACCAGCGGCAAGAACCUCAAGCGGGACGUGGCGCGGAUCCUCUGCGCCGACUGCGCUGUUCCUCCCAAACUGAAGAAACUGAAAAGCCCAAAUGUUCACGUGGGUGAGAAGAUUUCCCUGAAAUGUGAGGCGACUGCUGGAAACCCUCAGCCGUCCUACAAAUGGUUUAAAGAUGGGAAGGAGCUGAAGAAGAGUAAAGACAUCCGGAUCAAGUAUGGGAAUGGGAAAAAGAUUUCCAGACUGCAGUUCAACAAGGUGAAGCUUGAAGAUGCUGGGGAGUACAGCUGCGAAGCGGAGAACGUUUUAGGGAAAGACACCGCAAAAGGCAGCCUGAAUGUGAAAAGUGGAACAACGAAAACACCACAAGUCUUACCAGCCUCAGAAACUAAAAUAGUUGUUAUGGAAGAAGAGUUAACCACAACUCUCUCCUCCUGGUCCGGGCAUGCCAGAAAAUGCAACGAAACAGCCAAGUCCUAUUGUGUCAAUGGAGGGGUGUGCUACUACAUCGAGGGGAUUAAUCAGCUGUCGUGCAAGUGUCCGAUCGAAUUCACAGGAGACCGGUGUCAGCAUUUCGCAAUGGUCAGCUUCUCCAAGCAUCUUGGAUUUGAAUUAAAGGAAGCAGAGGAGCUCUACCAGAAGAGGGUUCUAACCAUCACGGGAAUCUGUGUUGCCUUGCUUGUGGUGGGCAUCGUCUGUGUGGUAGCUUACUGUAAAACCAAGAAACAAAGAAAACAAAUGCAUAACCACUUGCGGCAGAACAUGUGUCCUGCUCAUCAAAACCGGAGCCUUGCAAACGGGCCAAGCCAUCCACGUUUGGAUCCUGAGGAAAUCCAAAUGGCUGAUUAUAUUUCUAAGAAUGUUUCUGCCACUGAGCACGUGAUACGAAGGGAAACAGAGACAACCUUUUCGGGAAGUCACUCCUGCUCCCCAUCCCAUCACUGCUCCACAGCCACUCCAACGUCCAGCCAGAGACAUGAAAGCCACACCUGGAGCUUGGAGCGAACAGAGAGCCUGACUUCAGAUUCCCAGUCUGGGAUAAUGCUGUCCUCGGUGGGAACCAGCAAAUGCAACAGCCCUGCGUGCGUGGAGGCACGGGCUCGCCGCGGGGCCACCUUCUGCAUCGAGGACCAGCGGCGGCCCACGACGCAGUACCGCGACUCCGUGGAUUCCCUGCGCGACUCGCCCCACAGCGAGAGGUACGUGUCGGCCCUGACCACACCAGCACGCCUGUCGCCCGUUGACUUCCACUACUCGAUGACCACGCAGGUGCCCACCUUCGAGAUCACAUCCCCCAACUCGGCGCACGCCGUGUCCCUGCCGCCGGCGGCCCCCAUCAGCUUCCGCGUGGAGGAGCAGCAGCCCCUCCUGCGGCGGUACCAGCUCCCCUUCCAGGACACGCAGAGGUACGACAGCUACUACCAAAGGAAGACCUACCUAAACGACAGCAUGGGGAGCCUGCCCUCCAGCCCCUUCCGCAUCACAGAGGACGACGAGUACGAGACGACGCAGGAGUACGUCACAGCGCUAGAGCAGCCAAAGAAAACAGCCAGCAGCAACAGGCGGUGGAAAAAAUCCAAACUGAACGGGCACAUCCCUCACAGAGCCAGAGCCGUCCGGGACUCCUUCUCCUUGAGCAGCGCCUCUUACAGCGAGUCUGACGAGGAGCUGGUGGCCGAGAGCACCCCGUUCCUAAGCACUCAGAACAAUGAGGCGGCGCACACAGAGUCGCCGCCGCUGCACCGGCCGGGCGACAGCCGGACUCACUACUCGUGCCGCGGGCACAGCGCGCACGGCGACGGCGGCCGCGGCAGCCUGGCGCACGUGGCGCCCAAAGCGGACCCCGACCCUCUCUAGGCCCUCCCGCGCUCCUGCAUGGGCGACCGCAUGGAGGAGGCCGAGAGGAGGCAGGCCGAGGGCGAGACGAAACCACACAAACCGCAAAACGAGACAAAACAGAACAAAAAAAAAAAUAAAUAUUUUUAUUUUAUAUAAAAGAGGGAAAAACAAAAAAUAUAACAAAUAAAAAUGUUUUAUUUUCAUUUUAGCAAAGUUGUCUUAUAAUAGCUAACGACAAUGACUUUUUUAUAGGGAAUCUCUAUUUAUAUGUAAUGUCUUGAUUUACAGCUUCCGAGAAAAAAAAAGUAAAAAAGAAAAAAAAAAAAGAAGAAGAAAAGAAAACAAACAAUAAAGUUAAAAAAAAAGUGGGCCAAUUUUUGACUACUUAAAAAUAGAAAACAAAACUAUCGUGGUGCCUUUUGCUGUAUGCUAGUGCUGGGAUUCAUGCCGAGGAUUCUGUUUCAGUAGCAUUUUUAAGGUCAUAGAUUUUUGUUUGGGAGACAACCUGUCACAAGGGCGCUCUUCUGUUGGAAGAAAACAGCCUUGCCACUUUCCCCCGUACCUUGCUAUUAAUGAUCUUAUUCUUUAAAGUAUUGUUUAAACACACAUUAAGGACAUGAGUGGGAGCAUUUCCAUUAUCAUGUCUAACAAGGAUCUGUCUUGCCCUGUAAACUACUUGUAUUUUCGCUUAAAUCAGGAGAAAAAGAAACCCAACAGCACUGUGCUGAAAUGCAGAAAUAACGUUUCUUUUGCCACACAGGUAGGAAGAGAAAACGAAAUUGCGCAGCAGCAGCAGCCCUUACAAUAUAGCUCUCAACCUUUGGCCAUCUCACCGGUGGGUCUGGAGUGGGGUUGGCACAGGUUUGCAGUGAAGCCAGGCAGACACCCUGUGACCAUGGUGGAUCACACCUGUCACGUACCCUUGAAUCCGGGUCGCUGAGCCAGCCCCGUCCAGCCGCGGUGCCCGUGGCCGCGUGGCUGCCCCAGCGCCGUGCUGGCCGCGGCGUCCCCUCGGCUGAGCGGUGCCGCCGUGGCGCUGGCCGUGGCCAGGGCUGUGGUGUCCCGUGUGACACCCUGCCGGGGUGCCGGGGGACACCCACAGGGCGGUCCCGUGGCGCAGAGGGCCGCGUGUCACCCUGGACAUGGAGCCAGGCCGCGUGCCCCAGGGGUCAGCAGGACCCCGAGCGCUCUGGGCUCCGCUUGUGGCCGCUGCCUUGGCCAGGCAGGGCCCUGGUGGGGCGGCCCAGCGAGCGGAUUCUCCCGUAUGGCCGUGCCACGUGUUGUAAAGACAGUUGUUGCCGUCACGUCCUGCCAUCGAUGACGGACGUCGCGUCCCCAAACCCGGAGCAGCUCUGGCCAUCGGCUCUGUGGCGCAAAGAGACAGUCCUGCGUGUCCAGGCAGCAGAGCAUCCCCCGUGGAAGUGCCCCCCUCUCCUCAGUUCUCUGCAGCAAACCUGUUUACAUUGUAGCCUGACUUUUUUCUUUUUAUAUUUUUACUUCUGCAUGUCCUUUGCAUUUCAGAUACUGUAGAUUGGAUGCAUGGUGAAGCUGUGACUGAGAAGAUAAUACAACAAUUGACAGUGUAUUAUUUCAUUUAACUUUUAGCAAUAAAGUAACUAAACCCUCUAUUCCUCACCCAUGAUGGGGUCAGAUAGAAAACUCUGCUAAUUUGUCAUAAGAUGAUUGUCAAAGUUUGCUCUGGAUUGUCUGAAUGUCAGAACUCUUGACUGUUUAACACUUGAACAUUUUUUAUAUUAUAAAUAAAAUAAGAAAUAACAA